AUGAAGGAUAUGGAGCCAGUCCCUCCCUCAAAGCUGAGCAGAGCAGAGAAGCUGAGGAGACCAGAAUGUGUUACGAGGGUGCGAGGGAGGAGGGAGGAGGGAGUAUGGGACUUUGGGAAUGUCUGGGCAGCCAUACAAGAAGUUGAGGAGAGCGCAAAUAGCGAGUCAGUCAGCUCGCUCAAGGAAGCGUUAAAGGAACAGGAGGCCUUCGGCUUUCAGCUCCGACACAUCCUGGAGGCUGCCAGGUUCUCGGCAGAGAAGCGGGCCGGACGGUAUGCGGUCGAACUCAGACAUCUCGGCAAGGACGAGGCAGAGCAGCAGGAACAUCAGCAGCAGCAGCAGCAGCAGCGAGCCACGCUACUGAAAGCAUUGAAUCGCUUGCUGAAACGACGGCAGCGGGAGGAUGAGGAGGGAGAAGUGCGGGAGUGCUUGAGGAGCUGGCACAAAAUGCAUGAGCAGGCAGCCAUGGAACAAGAGCUGAAGAAGAUGGAGAAGGAUUGGGCGACCUCCGUCCAAGUCCUGCUCAAAGAGGUCUCCUCCCUCUCCUUGUCUUCACCCUCCUCGCCCUCCUCCUUCCCUCUGCUUCCUGCACCAGCUCUCUCCGCCAUGUUCGUGCAUGGCUCUGGUCGCAUGCUGACGAAGUUGCGGGGGCAGGUGAAGGUCGAGUCUCGCUGGAAGCUUCAGGCCCUCAGCACUUGGGGGGCAGCGAGGAGGAGGAGCGACUUCCUUGGGCUGUGCGCGAGAAAAAUCUCACGGAGGAGAAGGAGAGUGCUGUGUGUGCGAUGCCUCGUGUGCUGGUGGAGUCUCAAGGAGGAGAAGGGGAGGAGGAAGAGGAAAGAAGCUUUGGCCCUCGAUCGCCUCCAUCGGAGGAUCUGCAGGAGAUGGAGGUUGGCGGCAGAGCUGGAGAGGCAGGAGAAGUUGGUGAUGAUGAGACUGGAGGCGGAGAGGCGGAGAAGAACAAGAGCAAGAGCGUGGGAGAUGCUCUGCUGUUUCACGCGGAAGCAGAAGAUGAUGAGUAGGCGAAUGACAGCGGUGACGAGAGGAGGGAGGAGGAGGAGACUGCUGUGGUCCGUGCGAAUGUGGGAGGGGGCGAUGAAGAGGAGGAGAAGAGCGAGAAACGCAAGAGGAAAAGAGGAGCAGAGGAGAGUGCGAUGCGUACGGAAGGCGUUGGAGGAGUGGAAUAGAAGGAAGCAGCAGAGGAAGGGGGUAAGUAAAGAAGAGGAGGUGCUCGAGGAUGACCAUGGUGCAGGCACGAAGAAGACGUCAAGGUCAAGAGCGACGGAUGCUCGAGCGCUCGCUAUCAGCUCUGACAGCGAGGCAGACGAGGAUGAGGAUGCGGAGGACGCGGCUGAUCCUGACUUGCUGGGGGAAGUCACCGCCAACUGCUGGAGCACAAGGAAGUGCGUUGAGAGCCAAGGGGAGCAGGAGGAGGCGGCAAGCAUGAUCUCAAGGGCGAGGAUGCUGAUGACGAGGAGAGAGAGCAGGAGAUGGAAGCGGCUGGUGUUGCACGAGCUGUUUCACGUCCUGUGCCACCAGCGAACCAGCAGGCGAGGCAACGCGAUGCUCCUCUCUCGCCAGCGACGAUGGGCGGAAAGAAGAAUCUUGUACUGUUUUGAGGAGGAGACGGGGAGGAGGAGAAGGAGGAGGCAGGUGGUGCAGCGAGUGAGGGAGGGACAAGCGAGGGCAUGUCAGGAGAGAGCGCUGUGGGUCUGGAUGGAAUGGGGCGCGGGGAGAUGGAGGGUGAAGCAGGAGGCGACGGCUCAGCGGUUGGAGAGGCUGGAGGAGGCAAUGCGGGAGUGGAAGAUGCUGGGGAGGAUGCAGAGGUUUUGCCGGACGCAAACGAUGCAGGUGGCGGAGGCGUUGGGGGAGAAGAUGAGGGAGGAGGAGGUGAGGGGGCAGGAGACGCGGCAGAGGCUGGUGCAGCUGACAGUGCGAAAAUGGCUGAUGAGAGGAAGCAGAAAGUUGCUGCUCAGCUUCGCCUCCUCCUGUAGGCGCAUGAGACGAGCAAGAGCCUUGGUGGAGGGCAAAGUCGGGAGAAGAGAGCGCCUUCUCCUCUCCUCCCUCCUCUGUCUCUGGUGGGAGGCAGUGGGGGCAGCAGCAGCAGCUCAAGGAAGGAGUGAGAGGCUGAGAGAGCGAAGGUGGAGGGAGGAGGGCAAGGACCAGUUCAUCGUGUGGAAGGAGCAAACUCAGUUGUCGUUGGAGAGAAGGCGACUGCUGGCGAUGAAGAGAGAAUGGACAAGAAUGCGACGAGCUACGAGGGGAGGAGGAGGAGGAGGAGAGCGAGUGAUAUGGGCAGACCAACUUGUGAGGCUGUUGGAGCAGAGCAGCAGGAAGACGCAGCAGCUUAUCUUGUCCAGCUGGAGAAGAGCUGCUUUCUGCCUCUCCGUCGCGAGCUCGCGUGCUCUGCGUCGCCUCGUCUCCUCGUCGUUCGCUCAGUUCGCGUUCGCUGCUCGUCAUGUCGCGAGGUUGAGGAGGCGUCUGAGCACCUUGGCUGGUCGGCGACGCAGAAAAGUCUUGGAGUACGCGAUCCGAGCGCUUGCGGCUGCGCAAGACGCAAGUCAAGGAAGUCAAGGAUGCCAGGAGGAGGUGGAGGAGGAAGUAAGAGGUGAGAAGGCAGAGACAAAGAAAGAGAACAGAGAAGAUGGAGAGGGGCAGCAGGAGCAGGAGCAGCAGGAGCAGCAGGAGCAGGAGAAGCAGAAGGAGGAGGAGAGGAUUGACUCCUUGCUUGUCUUUGCCGAGUGUGUGCUUGCUUGCUUCGAGAAUGUAGUCAGUCACUUCAGGGCGUUAGGAGAGGAGGAGGUCAGGAAGGAGCGACACAGAGAGCCGACAAGAGCGAGAGAAAGUCUGCAGGGACAAGCGGGCGGCGAGGAGGAGGCGAGAGGAGGGAAGCAGAAAGCUUCUGUGACGAGGACGCGGCUGAAGGAGAAUGGCAAAGGAGGAGGAGGAGCCAGGCAGAAGCAUCUCAAGGAGCAUAUGACGUUGAAGACAGAGGAGGACGAGGAGGAGCUUCAUGUCUCGCAUGCUUCGCUCCCUCAGUGGGGCAGAGAAGCAGCUGCCUGCUCGCUCCUCUCGCAGGGUCGACGGACUUUCCUCCUCCUCUGCUGCUUCUUCGCGGCUUGGAGCAAGGUCGCGUCGGAGCUCUUCCAGCUGAGGACUGGCUUGAGGAUGAUGGAGGAGAGGGAGAGGAGGAGGAAGAUGCGCCAUUGCCUCUUCUCCUGGCAGGUUCGAACCAUCGACGAGCUGCUGCUCACCGACAAGUGGCUGCACAAGUCACCCGUCCUGAAGAAGCUACAAGGAUUAAAGUUUACCUUGAGGAGGAGGAGCUGCUUCGUCACCUCAGAUGCUCGGACAGCAUCCGACGACGAAGAUUCUUUCGCUGAGAGCCGGGAAGGCAUCGAUUUCUCCUCGCGCUUCCUCUCCUCCUCUCCCUUCCUUCCCUCCUGCUCGCUCUCGCCCACCAAGAGUUUCCAACCUUCGUCGCUCGAGCACUCUGAAGUUCUUCCGGCAAAAGGGCCGCUCACUCCUUCCACCCCCGACCACCCGCAAGCCCUCUGA